AUGCAACAGGCUCUCGUCUCACUUGCCGAUGCAUUAACCUACACACCACAGCAACCAAUUCGGUCAUUAACAGUGAUGCCAAAGGAAGAACGUAAGAUGCUAUUGCAUACCUGGAACGACACGACGGUCAAUUAUCCAUCUCUUCGUUGUCUUCACGAGAUUUUUGAAGCACAGGUUGUGCGCGACAGAGAUGCAAUUGCCUUGGAAUGUGCGGAAGAAACUUUGAGCUAUGCUGAACUCAAUGCACGAUCAAACCGGCUGGCACAUUACUUAAUUGCACAAAGCGUCAAGCCAGAUGAUCGCAUCGCACUUUGUGUUAAACGCAGCUCUAAAUUACUCGUAGCUAUAUUGGGAAUUCUAAAAGCCGGCGGUGCCUACGUUCCACUUGAUCCAGUUUACUCCAGUCAACGCCUAAAAAAUAUUCUACAGAACGCGAAUCCAUUGUGUUUGUUGGUGGAUUCUAUUGGUCGGAAAGCACUUGGAGAUCAUGAAGUGCCAAUGGUCAAUUUAGAUGAAGCGUUGCCUGACACACUUUCUGCUCAUGAUAACCCCGAUCCGAUUAAGCUGGGUCUAACGCCAGCGCACUUGUCCUCUGUACUCUACACUUCUGGAACAACUGGAACACCGAAAGGGGUGAUGAUCGAACACAGGAAUAUCACAAAUUACCUUAACUGGUGUAAAGAAGAGUUCACAACGGAAGAUUUGGAGCAUACCUUAUUUUCAACUUCUAUUGGAUUUGAUUUGUCUGUUUUCGAAUGUUUUGCGCCAUUGUCUGUGGGAAAAAUGAUACAUAUCGUGGAGGAUGCUCUUUCUAUUACACAAAUUGAGUCAAAAAUAUCCUUAUUCAAUACAGUACCUUCUGCCCUGACUGCAAUACUAAAUGUUGGAACUUUACCUUCUUCACUUCGUAUUCUCCAAAUGGUAGGCGAGCCAUUAAACCAACGCCUAAUCAACCGAAUUUUUAUGCAAACUCAAAUUAUGAAACUAUACAAUCUGUACGGACCAACAGAGACUAAUAACGUAACUUGUUAUACAUAUAAAACAGGCGAUGUUGUAAUUGAAACGAUUGGGCGACCCAUUGCUAACACCCGCAUUUACCUGCUGGAUUCACAAGGUGAACCGGUGCCAUUAGGAGCCGAAGGAGAAUUGUAUAUUGGUGGCGCUGGUGUCGCUCGUGGCUACCUCAAUCGACCUGAACUUACCGCAGAAUUUUUUCUUCCUGAUCCAUUCACUGGCGAUCCAGAAGCACGUAUAUACCGCACCGGCGAUCUGGCACGCUAUUUAUCUGAUGGUAAUUUAGUCUUUUUGGGACGCAUCGACCAUCAGUUAAAAGUUCGUGGUUUCCGAAUUGAGCCCGGUGAAAUCGAAGCCUGCCUAGUCGACCACCCUCUAGUAAGAGAGGCGGUAGUAUUGUCGUGGAAAAACAAGCCAGAUGCAGAUGCUCGACUAGUGGCCUAUGUAGUGGCUGAUCCCGACAUAUCAAUGAUUCAAAACCUACGCACUUAUCUAGCAACUUUACUGCCUGACUAUAUGAUGCCAGCAGCUUUUGUUUGUUUAUCAUCUCUGCCACUCACAGCCAAUGGAAAACUAGAUCGACAUGCAUUGCCUACUCCAGACGAUGAAGCCUUUGCUCGUCAGUCGUAUGAGAUUCCGAAAGGUGUAAUGGAAGUGAAACUAGCCUCAAUAUGGAGUGAACUGUUGGGUAUUGAGCGUAUUAGUCGGCAUGAUAACUUCUUCGCGCUUGGUGGUCAUUCUCUUUUAAUUGUAAGGAUGCUGUCACAAUUGCAAAAAAGUGGACUGGUCACCAAAGUUCGGGAAGUAUUUGAUGCACCCUCAUUAGCUGUUCUAGCUGAGACUCUGAGUCAUCAUAUAGCAAUUAGUACUCCACCCAAUCAGAUUAUCGUUGAAAGCACAGUUAUUACUCCAGAAAUGUUGCCACUUAUCGAUCUGUCUCAGGCAGAGAUUGAUAGUUUAGUCGAACUGGAGCCAGGUGGUGUGGCUAAUAUUCAAGAUAUUUAUGGAUUGGCACCAUUACAAGAAGGCAUAUUGUUUCAUCAUUUGAUGGCGGAAAAUGGCGAUCCGUACUUGACAGUAAGUCUUUUACAAUUUAAUGAUCGAGCUGCACUUGAUCGCUAUGCGUCCGCCUUGGACAAAGUGAUUGCACGACAUGAUAUUUUACGCACAGUGUUCGUCUGGGAAGGUCUCAGUGCACCGGCACAAGUCGUCUUGCGACAUGUUCCACCGUUACUCAGCGACAUCAUGCUAGAUGGGCCGGUGCUGGAACAAUUAAAUGACCAAUUCAAUCCACGUCACUACCGUCUAAACUUAGAACAAGCACCGCUGUUGCGUUUGGUAGCUGCGCUAACGUCGGAAGGUAUUUGGAUAGCAGUGCAGUUAAUGCAUCAUAUAAUUGGUGACCAUGUUAGUUUACAGAGACUGUAUGAAGAAAUUCGGACUAUAAUCGAUGGAGAGAGUGACCAGUUGGCAAAGCCCAUACCCUUCCGCAAUGUAGUCGCCCAGGCUCGUCUGGGAGUUAGUCAAGCUGAGCACACUCAAUUCUUUAGCGACAUGCUCAGUGAUAUUGAUACACCGACCUUGCCGUUUGGCCUGAGCGAUGUUCAUUGCGACGGAAAUGAGUUUAAUGAAGGAUAUCUGAAGAUCUCACAACCACUCAAUAAUCGAUUGCGAGCCCUCGCACGUCAUUUCCAUGUCAGUUUGGCUAGCCUUUGCCAUUUAGCGUGGGCAAAAGUACUAGCAUGCACUAGUGGAAAUGAGUCGGUUGUCUUUGGUACAGUGCUACUCGGUCGUUUACAGUCCGGAGAAGAUAAUGACAGUGCCAUUGGAUUAUUGAUCAACACUUUGCCGUUACGAUUGGAUAUCAAUGACACUACAGUCGAAAACGCUGUGCGUAACUCUCAUUCUCGGUUGAGUGCUUUAAUGAUGCAUGAACAUGCAUCGCUUGCAUUGGCACAACGUUGUAGUGGGGUUCCAGCUAAACUAUCACUUUUUAAUGCGUUACUGAACUAUCGCCAUAAAUCUCAAACAAAUCGUGAAUUGCCCGCUGGAUUACGUAUUCUCAGUAAUGAGGGACGAACAAAUUACCCAAUAACUCUAUCGGUGGACGACGAUGACAAUUCUUUGAGUCUCUCAGCCCAAGUGGUGUCACCAAUAUCAGCAACACGAAUCUGUGAUUACAUGCAACAGACCCUCUUCUCACUUGCCCUUUCAUUGGCACGCACACCACAGCAAUUUGUACGAAGAUUGACUGUGAUGCCACCAGAAGAACGUGACAUGCUAUUGCAUAAUUGGAAUCGAAUGACUGUCAAUUAUCCACCUGUCCAUUGUCUUCAUCAAUUAUUUGAAGCCCAAGUAGCGUGUGACGGUUCAACGAAUGCCGUCAAAUGUGAAGGAGAAACUUUGAGCUACAAAGAACUUAAUACACAGUCCAAUCAACUAGCACACUACCUGAUUGGCAAAGGUGUUAGGCCAGAUGAUCGCGUCGCAGUUUGCAUUAAACGCAGCACGAAAAUGAUCGUAGCUAUAUUAGGCAUUUUGAAAGCUGGUGGUGCUUAUGUUCCUUUCGAUCCAGCCUUUUCAAGUCAACGACAUAUAAAUAUUUUGCAUGACGCCAGUCCGCUAUAUCUAUUAGCAGAUGCCACUGGUCAGGCAGCACUUGGAAAUGUUCAAGUGCCAGUGGUGAAUUUGGAUGAGGCGUUGCCUUGCGGUCUUUCAAUCGAUAAUCCUGACCCGACCACACUCGGACUUACUCCAUCACAUCUGGCCUAUAUAAUUUACACUUCUGGCUCGACUGGAACACCGAAAGGAGUGAUGAUCGAACACAAGCAAAUUACAAGACUCUUCGAAGUUACACGCAAACAAUUUGACUUUGAUAAACAAGACCAAUGGUGUUUGUUCCAUUCCUUCUCUUUUGACUUUUCUGUAUGGGAAAUAUGGGGUGCAUUACUUAAUGGAAGUCAACUGGCAAUUGUAUCUUACAACACCAGCCGUUCUGCUGAUGAAUUUUAUAAAUGGCUUUGUAUUAAUCGUAUUACUGUUCUCAAUCAAACUCCAUCCGCUUUUAAAAUGUUUAUUAAAGCAAAAAGCAACAGCUCACUGUCUGAUCGACUGCGGUAUGUAAUUUUCGGCGGCGAGGAAUUAGAUCCAUUCCUUGCAAGAGACUGGAUUGAAAAAUACUCCAAAGUGCACACAAAACUCGUCAAUAUGUAUGGCAUUACAGAAACAACAGUGCAUGCCACAUAUCAGCAAUUAGAAUCUUCAAAACACAUUUAUUCAAUUGGACGUCCACUCUCAGAUCUUUGUGUCUAUUUGCUGGAUUCACAUGGUGAACCUGUGCCAUUGGGAGCUGAAGGGGAAUUAUAUAUUGGUGGCGCUUGUGUGGCCCGUGGUUAUCUAAAUCAACCCGAGCUUACAGCGGAACGUUUUCUUCUCAAUCCAUUUAGUGAAAAUACAAGAGGACGCAUGUAUCGCACUGGUGAUCUGGCACGCUAUCUACCUGAUGGGAAUUUAGUAUAUCUCGGACGCGCUGAUCAACAGGUUAAAAUCCGUGGUUUUCGAACUGAGCCCGGCGAAAUUGAGUCCCAUUUAAUGGAACAUCAUUUGGUGCGCGAGGCGGUUGUACUGCCAUGGAAGUACGAGAUUGAUAGUGAUACCCGCCUGGUCGCAUAUGUAGUAGCCGAUCCAGAUACAUCACUCGCUAACAAUCUACGUACAUAUCUGGUAUCUCUAUUGCCUGAUUAUAUGGUACCAGCAGCAUAUGUUUGUCUAUCAUCAUUACCACUCACACCAAAUGGCAAAUUAGACCGACGUGCACUUCCAGCACCGGACGAUGAAGCAUUUGCUCGUCAACUAUACGAAGAACCGCGGGGUGAAAUGGAAGAAAAACUGGCUGCAAUCUGGAGUGAACUGUUGGGUAUUGAGCGAAUCAGCCGAAAUGAUAAUUUCUUUGCGUUGGGUGGACAUUCUUUGCUGAUUGUACGAGUGCUAGCACAAUUACGAAAGGCCGGAUUAGAUACUAGUGUCAAGCAAAUAUUUGAUGCUCCAACUUUAAUCGCGCUAGCUGAAACUCUCGGCAAACACCAAUCGUUCAGUAUUCCACCCAAUCUGAUUACUACAAAGAGCACGAUGAUUACUCCGGACAUGUUGCCGCUUAUCGAUCUAUCUCAGGCCGAGAUUGAUACGAUGGUCACACAGGUGCCAGGUGGUGUGAACAAUAUUCAAGAUAUUUACGCAUUAGCACCAUUACAGGAAGGCAUAUUGUACCAUCAUCUAAUGGCACAACAUGGAAAUCCUUACUUGCUAAUUCUUCGUUUGCAAUUUAGUGACCGAGUAUCACUUGAUAAUUAUGCCACUGCCUUGCAAAAGGUGAUUGAACGACAUGACAUUCUGCGCACCUCUUUUUUCUGGGAAGGACUGAGCGAACCGGCUCAAGUCGUUUUGCACCAAGUUCCUUCGAUACUCACCGAAGUCACACUGGAUGAAAUCGAUGAUCCUGAAUUAAAACAAUCAAGUAAUCGCUUUAAUCUGCGUCAAUACUGUUUAGAUCUAAAACAAGCACCGCUGUUGCGUCUGUUAGUCUCGCCAACAUCGGAAGGUCUUUGGAUAGGAGUGCAGUUAUUGCAUCAUAUAAUUGGUGACCAUGUUACUUUGCAGAGACUGCAUGCAGAAGUUGGAGCUAUAAUCAAUGGAGAGAGCGACCAAUUGACAAAGCCCACACCAUUCCGCCAUGUAGUCGCCCAAGCUCGCCUGGGAGUUAGUCAAGCUGGGCACACUCAAUUCUUUAGCGACAUGCUUAGUGAUAUUGAUACACCGACCUUGCCGUUUGGCCUGAGCGAUGUUCAUGGCGACGGAACCGAGUUUAAUGAAGGAUAUCUGAAGAUGCCACAACCUCUCAAUAAUCGAUUGCGAGUCCUCGCACGUCAUUUCCAUGUCAGUUUGGCUAGCCUUUGCCAUUUAGCGUGGGCAAAAGUACUAGCAUGCACUAGUGGAAAUGAGUCGGUUGUCUUUGGUACAGUGCUACUCGGUCGUUUACAGUCCGGGGAAGAUAAUGACAGUGCAAUUGGAUUAUUGAUCAACACUUUGCCGUUGCGAUUGGAUAUCAAUGACACUACAGUCGAAAACGCUGUGC